CCUGGCUUAGGUGAGUGGAAUUGAGGCGCUGGAAGUUGGUGGUCUGCCGCGCCUGGGGCAAGAAAGCAGAGCGGGAGAGCAGGCGACCAUGGCAACAUAUCUGGAGUUUAUCCAGCAAAAUGAGGAGCGAGAUGGUAUCCGUUUCAGUUGGAAUGUAUGGCCAUCUAGCCGCCUUGAGGCUACAAGAAUGGUUGUCCCUCUGGCAUGUCUAUUUACUCCCUUAAAAGAACGUCCAGAUUUACCUCCAGUGCAAUAUGAACCUGUACUUUGUAGCAGGCCAACUUGUAAAGCGGUUCUCAAUCCACUUUGUCAGGUUGAUUAUCGAGCUAAGCUUUGGGCCUGUAAUUUCUGUUUUCAAAGAAAUCAGUUCCCUCCAGCAUAUGCAGGCAUAUCCGAAGUGAAUCAACCUGCAGAAUUGAUGCCCCAGUUUUCCACAAUUGAGUACAUAGUACAGCGAGGACCUCAGACACCCUUGAUUUUUCUCUAUGUGGUUGAUACUUGUCUGGAAGAAGAAGACCUUCAAGCUCUAAAAGAGUCUCUACAGAUGUCCUUAAGCCUUCUUCCUCCAGAUGCUUUGGUGGGUCUAAUCACUUUUGGCAGAAUGGUGCAGGUUCAUGAGUUGAGCUGUGAAGGAAUUUCAAAAAGCUAUGUCUUUCGAGGAACCAAGGAUUUGACAGCAAAGCAAAUACAGGAUAUGUUAGGCCUUACCAAACCAGCUAUGUCUACUCAGCAAGCAAGACCUGUUCAGCCACAGGGACAACCUUUUAUUUCAAGCAGGUUUCUGCAGCCUGUUCAUAAGAUUGACAUGAACCUGACAGAUCUUCUUGGGGAAUUACAAAGGGACCCAUGGCCAGUAACUCAAGGAAAAAGACCUUUGCGAUCUACAGGUGUUGCUUUGUCCAUUGCUGUUGGCUUAUUGGAGGGCACUUUUCCAAAUACUGGAGCAAGAAUUAUGUUGUUUACUGGAGGUCCACCCACUCAAGGACCAGGCAUGGUAGUUGGAGAUGAAUUGAAGGUUCCUAUUCGUUCCUGGCAUGACAUAGAGAAAGACAACGCGCGUUUUAUGAAAAAAGCAAUCAAACACUAUGAAAUGCUCGCUAAUCGUACUGCUACAAAUGGUCACUGCAUUGAUAUUUAUGCCUGUGCCCUUGAUCAAACUGGUCUUCAGGAAAUGAAGUGUUGUGCAAAUCUUACUGGUGGUCAUAUGGUGAUGGGAGAUUCCUUCAAUACAUCUCUCUUCAAGCAGACCUUCCAAAGGGUUUUUAGUAAAGACUUCAAUGGAGAUUUUCGAAUGGCAUUUGGUGCUACUUUGGAUGUUAAGACUUCUCGAGAAUUAAAGAUUUCAGGAGCGAUUGGUCCAUGUAUAUCUCUAAACGUGAAAGGGCCAUGUGUGUCAGAAAAUGAAUAUGGCAUUAGUGGUACUAGUCAGUGGAAAAUCUGUAGUCUGGAUCCCACGACAACUCUUGGCAUCUACUUUGAAGUAGUUAAUCAGCACAAUGCACCAAUACCUCAAGGAGGCAGAGGAGCAAUUCAGUUUGUUACCCAGUAUCAGCAUUCCAGCACCCAGAGACGAAUCCGAGUGACAACAGUUGCCAGAAGUUGGGCAGAUGCACAGAAUCAGUUCCAGCAUAUAGAAGCUGCUUUUGACCAAGAAGCUGCUGCAGUAUUGAUGGCUCGGCUUGGAGUAUUCAGAGCUGAAUCAGAAGAGGGACCUGAUGUUCUUCGAUGGCUAGACAGGCAAUUAAUCAGACUGUGUCAGAAAUUUGGACAGUAUAACAAAGAGGACCCCAGUUCUUUUAGAUUGUCAGAUUCAUUUUCUUUGUAUCCUCAGUUCAUGUUCCAUCUUCGAAGAUCCCCAUUUCUUCAAGUGUUUAAUAACAGUCCAGAUGAAUCAUCUUAUUACCGGCAUCAUUUUGCCAGACAAGAUUUGACCCAAUCCCUCAUCAUGAUCCAGCCUAUUCUUUAUUCUUAUUCUUUUCAUGGUCCACCUGAGCCAGUACUUUUAGACAGCAGCAGUAUUUUAGCUGACAGAAUUCUACUGAUGGAUACCUUUUUCCAAAUUGUCAUCUACCUUGGUGAGACCAUAGCCCAAUGGCGUAAGGCUGGCUAUCAGGACAUGCCUGAGUAUGAAAAUUUCAAGCAUCUUUUACAAGCUCCAUUGGAUGAUGCCCAAGACAUCAUGCAAACUCGAUUCCCAAUGCCAAGAUACAUCAACACUGAACAUGGAGGUAGUCAGGCUCGGUUCCUCUUGUCGAAAGUCAAUCCAUCUCAGACACACAAUAAUUUGUAUCCUUGGGGACAGGAAUCUGGAGCUCCAAUAUUAACAGAUGAUGUUAGUCUGCAGGUAUUCAUGGAUCAUUUGAAAAAACUGGCAGUAUCAAGUGCCUCUUAAAUUGAGAAAGUAGCAGGAAUAUUCAAGAAAGAAGACAAUAACUAGACUAUGUUCAUAACUUUUUGAAACAUUUACUACAUUCCUUUUACUUUAUUGUAAAGAUUUUAAAAAUGUCAUCAUGUAUCCCAUAUAUUCAAAAGCAGUUUUUUUUUUUUUUUACAUAGUUUUGACUUUUAAUUUAUUUGUACUCAUCACUUUGUUCUGUCUUUUUUCAUGAACUGUAACAUAGUUCAUUGAUGUUUUGGAACUUAGAGGUUUUUAAUCAGCUUACUUUAUCCUAACAUUAUUAUAUUCUGUAUAAACUAUGGAAAACUUUUUGCAACUCCCUCAAAUGAAGGAAUAAUGGGUAUGAAGAAAAUAAACUGGAUGAGGAGAGUACUAGCUAAAAAGGUAUUAUAGGAAACUUGAGUUACUGUUGUUUUGUUCAGAGAAUUUACCCAUAUUACCCAUAAUGUACUUCCUAGAGAGACAAUGUAUCUGUGUAUAGAACGCUGGUCCUGGUACCAGGAAGAAAUGGGGUCAACAGUCCUACUUGGAAAACUUCCUUACUCAUGUUUCCUUGGCUUAAUGCCCUAGGCAGCCAUUUCUCUAAGAUUGUAGAGUAGGUGCCAGUUUUCAUUAAGGACUACAUAUGGGGUGGGGAUGGGGGGGGUGAGUUUCACACUGAGAGGGAGAUCCCUGCAGGCUACAAAUUUGAUACCUCUGGCCUCAGUUUGACACAUCAUUGGGAUCACCGUUCCAAUCUCUGUCCCUACCUUACCUUUCCUGAACUUCAUCUUUCUUUAUCCUCUAAAUGAUAAUAGGAAAAGCAUGCCAGUAGUGUCACAUUAGAAUAUCAUGAUUAAGGGGGCCAGGUCCAAACUGAUGUCCCCUGAGCCACCUUGACAGUGCCAAGCAAGGAUUAAGUACAAUCUGAAUACAUCUCUAAAUUGAGUCCACAAGCAUUUAAAAGUAUUUAUUAUUGGUGUAUUGCUGCACAUAUGUGCUAAGCACUAAGAAAGGCAAUCCUCUUACCCUCCCUUCCAAAAAAAAGCCCUACAGUCUCUUUUCAAGAAUUUGUAGUGUUAAUGGAGGAGACAGCAUGGAACGAAGGAUAAAGUACAGGAUAAAUUUGAGAGAUAGGCACUAAGGAAGAACCAUUUAUGAAAGUCUUAUGUGCUAGGCACUCUGCUAAGUGUUCUAAAAUUAGCUCAUUUCAUCCUUACAACACCCCUGAGAGUAAAGUGCUAUUAUCCACAUUUUACUGGUGAAGAAACAGCUAGACAGAGACUGAAUGAUGCUCUGAGGGUCACACAGCUUAGUAAGCAUCUGAGGCUGAAUUUAAUUAAGGCUUCCUGCCUUUAGACCCAGAUCUCUGUGCAUUUUGGCACCCCUUGGUUGCUUUGGCUCUAAAAUGGAGCACAAAAAUGGGCUUCUGACAAGGUGAAACUUGGAGUUGGGAGGUUUCAAGAUGAUCCAGGCUUGGGAGAAUGCCCAGAAUCAGGAGAUAGGUUGAGGUACAACUAGUAGGAGGUCAUUGGAUUAUGGGAAAUAAGACUGAUGAUAGAGUGUAAUGAGUGGUUGUCAUAGUCGUGCCACUAGAGAAAAGUAUUUUUCUUUUUUUUGACGUUGAUUACCAGAUAAUUUGUAAGUAGUAGUAAUGCCAUUAGAAUAAUAGCUCUCAAAAACAAAACAAAAAGUUAGGGGUAAGCCAGGUGGCUCAG